AAAGCAGUAAGGGGCAAAACACAAAAUAAAAUAAAAAUAAAAAAUCAAAAGAAAUUCAAAAAUAAAAACGUGUCCAAAACCCUCGCUCCCAAACCCCCCCACUCUCUUCUCCCUCCCUCAAUUCAGCCGUUCUCCGCUUUGCUUUCCCUCCACCACCCUAAACCGCCGCCCCCCACCAAUAUAUCCACCACCGCUAUAAACCCUUUUCUUCAUAUUUGGUUUUCUUGUUAGAAUUAUCAGACUUUAUGCAGUGAAAAAGUAGUAUUAUUCUUGUUGUUUCGGUUGAUAAAAAAAGAAUUGAUUUUUUUUUCUCCUUGAGUUUUAUUGUUGGAGAUGGUCUCGGCGGGGAGUUCGAAAUCCGAGGGAGGCACCACCACUCAUGUAAUAUCCGCUGGGGUGAGGAAAACUAUCAGGCAAAUCAAAGAGAUUGUCGGGAAUCACUCCGAAGCUGAUAUAUAUGUUACCCUUAAAGAGUCCAACAUGGAUCCUAACGAGACCACUCAAAAAUUGCUUAAUCAAGAUCCAUUUCAUGAAGUGAGGAGAAAAAGGGACAAGAAGAAAGAGUUCAUCCAGAAUAUGCAGUACAAGGGUUCAACAGCUUCAGAACCUAAGAGAAAUCCUGAACGUCGAGCUGAGUAUGUGUCCAAUGCUGUAAAUCCUGCCAUGCAGUCUGAUCGUAAUGCUCGGAGAAGUGGCUAUAGUCGCAACAGUUCAUCUGGAGUCAGUCGCGAGUUUCGGGUCGUGCGUGAUAACAGAGGUAAACAAAAUUCAUAUCAAGAGUCAAAACCUGUUCAAAGUUCAUCUUCCACCAAUGAUUUACCCGUCACCGAUGGCUCCGUGAAGAGUUCGGCAGGAACAUCCGUCAAUCAAAAGCCACCUUUUGUACGCAACUCAUCUCAAGCUUCAGGUGCGGACAAUAAUUCACAGACUAGACAUUUCAAGGAUGGAAACAUCAGUGUGACGGUGAAGAAAGAUUUUCCUGGUGACAGGAGGGUGACAGUUACUAGUACUGCACCACAGAUUCAGCUAGAGAAGUCAAAUGAUCUUCAGUUGCCUUCUACGGCAUCAUCUAGUAAUUCGGUGGUUGGGGUUUAUUCCUCUUCUUCUGAUCCUGUUCACGUGCCAUCACCUGAUUCCAGACCAACUGCUAAGAUUGGGGCCAUAAAGCGUGAAGUUGGGGUGGUGGGUGCAAAUCGCCAAAAUAGUGAUUCUUCUGCUAGACUUUCAUCCUUGCAAGCCAGCUCUGUUUCAAAUCUGCAAUCAAGUCGGGAAGGGCCCGCCCCACGUUCUUUUGGUACCUUAUCUAAAGUUGACAAUUCUAGUCAACAUUUGGUAGCUGAAUCAGCUGUUGCCAGCCUUUCAGUCAGCAGAUCAUUCGCAAAUAGUCAAUAUAACAGCAGGAGUCAUCAGCUAUCCGGGCACCAAAAAGCCUCUCAGCCUAACAAGGAAUGGAAACCCAAAUCGAGUCAAAAAGCUAGCACGAAUGGCCCUGGGAUCAUUGGGUCACCUACCAAUGCUGCUCCUCCAAUGGAUAAUUCCAAAGAUUCGGGAAGAGAAGCAGCUGAGUUGGAAGAUAAAAUGUCUCGUGCAAAUAUUUCUGAGAAUCAGAAUGUCAUCAUAGCUUCUCAUAUUCGCGUGUCUGACACUGACCGCUAUCGGCUUAUAUUUGGCACCUUGGAUCCUGAUUUUGAGCCCCAAUUGUCUACCUUAGUUGCAGGCGCAGAAGAAUCAUCGGAAUCUACUGGACUUUUGCCGGUAUCUUCUUCUCAGGAAUCGUCUCGUAAUGAGCCUGCCACUAGCAAGCCACAAGAUUUGGUUGAAGACUAUUCUCGAAGUUCCGGAACUGAUUCACCUGCAUCAGUUGCAGCAUCUGACCAUCAACAGAACGACAAAAAGGAGGCUUCAAAUCCAUCCAACUUGGACAGUUAUGCAGAUAUGAGGUUGUCUCGGGAGAACAAUGCAGCUUAUGUUUCUCAAGAAUCACAUCAGCAUCAAGCAGAACCUGAGUUGCCACCUUUUUCGGGAUACGACCCACAGUCUGGUUAUGACAUGUCAUAUUUUGGACCCACCGUUGAUGACCCUGUACGAGGUCAAGGGUUACCAUCGCCGCAGGAGGUCCUGAAUACUCAUGGUGCUAAUAGCAUCCCCUCAUCAAUGGCCAUGAUCCAGCAACAGCAGCAACAGCAGCAAGUGAUGGCCCAGAUGUAUCCCCAACUACAUUUUGCUAACAUGAUGCCUUACCGUCAGUUCCUCUCUCCUGUUUAUGUUCCACCAAUGGCUGUUCCUGGCUACUCGAGCAAUCCUGCUUAUCCUCAUCCAUCAAAUGGUAGCAGUUACGUGUUAAUGCCUGGAACCAGUUCUCAUUUAACUGCAAAUGGGCUAAAGUAUGGGAUGCAGGCAUUCAAGCCAGUUCCAACAUCGAACCCAACAGGAUUUGGGAAUUUUGCCAGUCCAACAGGUUAUACAGUUAAUGCUCCUGGUAUCGUCGGAAAUGCCACUGGCCUUGAGGAUUCAUCUCGGCUAAAGUACAAAGAUGGAAAUUUUUAUGUUCCUAAUCUACCGGCGGAGACAUCUGAGAUUUGGAUGAAUCAACGAGAUAUGCAAUCUGCAUCAUAUUACAACAUGCCAGGACAAGCACCUCAUGCUGCUGCUUACAUGCCAUCCCAUAGUGGUCACGCGUCGUACAACCCGGCCGCUGCAGCAGCCGUUGCGCAUUCUUCUCACAUGCAGUUCCCAGGCUUGUAUCAUCCAACUCCACAGCCUGCUGCAAUUGCGAAUCCCCAUCAUUUGGGACCUGCCAUGGGUGGGAAUGUCGGUGUGGCGGCAGGGGCUACGGGAGCUCAAGUGGGUGCCUAUCAUCAGCAACCGCAAUUGGGUCAUCUUAACUGGACAGCGAACUUUUGAAAAUAUAGUAGUCAAUUUGGGAUGGUCGGAAUGGUGGUGUUUAGCUAUAUAGAAGGUUUCAGUUUUCCUUUGAAAAUGGAAACGCUAUCUUUCUAAUUAUUAAAAUGCAGUAAAUUCUUUCAAAAUGUGUUGGGCCUUUCAACAUCAUUCUGACUCCAGAACCCCAAUUCAAAUUAGUAAUGAAAACCAUGUGGAGGGUAUUAAAAACGACCCAAGAAGUAGAAAGGUUAAAGGAAGCCGUUUUGAAAUGGGC